UAAAAAUCGAGACCCUUGGUCUAAAACUGAUAUAUUUCACUUCUGAUUCAGAGUAAGGUAAGUAACGGGUUUCGGGUUGCUCGAGUUGCCACGGGUUGCUCGAGUUGCUGAGGUGAAGGGCUUCCCACCCUGGAACGAGUUGCAACGAGUUGCCAGAAGAAGCCCGGCCCAUCGAAAUGGGCGAAGCGGGGCGGGUGUGGGCGCAGAAGUGCUAGCUCGGCAUGCUGGGGGCCGUCUUCGGGACCUACUUCGCAAAAGAAGGCGGGGGAGGCGCUGCCCCCUUCUGUUUGGGGAUGAUAUUGGCGCGCAGCUCCCCACUCGGUGGCGCCGCGCAAGUGCUUCGCCGCCCCUUGUGGUGCGGGUGCAGCGCUUCGAGUCGGGGCCGGGUUUUCGCCCCGCUGUGUUGCGGUGUGGGUGGCGAGUUCUUGCCGGGUUGGGUUUGUAGCCGGCUUGCGGCUGAAGGAUGCGGCGGCAACAUAGAGGAAAAUGCGGCGAAGGCUAAUGUGGGGGCGGGUAGCGGUGGGCUUGGUUUCAAACUGGUGCGCAGCUGGGCGGGCUGCUGUGGUACAUGCCACACCCCCAAGGGCGCCCGCGUCGGGUUUUUUGCAAUCAGCUGACUGCCCCCACUUGGUUGUCUUCCCGUUGUGGAUGCCCCUCCUACCAGCCUGGUGAAGCGUUCUUGAUCUCUACUUCAAGACCUCGGCAAGGGUGCGCCCGCAGGGCGCAGCGAAAUAAUUCCCAUGGGCAACCCGAGCAACUCGAGCAACCCGAGAAACUCGACCCGAUAUGGGUCAGGAAAAGCCUAAUUCUAUUAUAAUUGUAAUAGCUUUAUUCUUGACAGCACGACUGCGGUCGGCUUAACUGAAAUCACCGGCUACUUACUACUGCGUAGUAGAAGUAGUGUAGUCUCUUGUUAUUUUAGAGAAGGUUUUACUGUCAAUCAAUCAAGCAAUCAAUCAAUCAGAACAAUAGGAGACAGUGCGACGUAGAAGGUGACCUACUAGAACAGCAUAGUUCUACCCAUCCGUAGGAAGCACUAAUGGACACUAUCCAUAUCGAUAAUAUCGUAGGAUUCCAUUAUUUGACCACACUAUCAUGCGCACGUGAUGAAUUGCGACCACAAACUGCAUCUGGACUUUGUACAAAAGCCCGCAAAGCCCCGCGAUUGGGUAGUACAUGAAUGAAUGAGUCGUCCUCAUCUAAUGAUGAAUUAUAUCCAUGUGUCGAGGCUUGAUGAUAUUUCAACAUAGACUUCUUGAAGAGAAAGAGUUGUUCUUGCAGCAUACUUAUACCAU